GGAAGGACAUGGCAGCAGUGCAGAGAACCUUAAUGGCUCUAGGCAGUUUGGCAGUCACCAAGGAUGACGGCUGCUACAAAGGGGAUCCAUCCUGGUUUCACAGGAAAGCACAGCAGAAUCGACGAGGAUUUUCAGAAGAGCAGCUUCGUCAGGGACAGAACGUAAUAGGCCUUCAGAUGGGCAGCAACAAAGGAGCAUCACAGUCGGGUAUGACAGGCUAUGGGAUGCCAAGGCAGAUUAUCUAAAAGCAUCUCUGUCUGUAGAGAAAACACUCCUUCUGCAGCAUCUCCUUCUGCAGCAUGGUCUGUUAAAAAAAAAAAAAAAAAGAAAAAAAAGAAAAAAAAGCUCAUUAGUUCCCUUUCUGCCUGUUUUUUAAUAGUUAGUGCUCUCUGAGGUUCGGGGUAUUUUUGGUUUGGUUUGUUUUAUUUGCAGCUGCAAGAGUUCAAGUAGGCACUUGGGUUUUCGUGGUGGCGUGUGUCAGUUCACAGCACGUGCGCACUGCUGCCUCCUACUUUUCACUUCUGAACUAUGCAAAGACAAUUAUUCUGUAUUAAUUUAUUUGCAAAGUGUUAUCUUCCAUAUUUGUCUCACACCGCACUUGUAUUUCAACCAGUAACCUCGUUCUUCAAUUCAGUGAUGAUAUUGUUUGACCUAAGAAUAAAGACAAAUUAAAGACA